AUCUUGAUAACCACACCCUGAUGAAGUAACAAUUAAGGUCUAUUACAACUAAUUUCCCGUGGCCCAGUUAACAUCAAAAAAAUGGACAGGUUAGGUUUCGUGCUCUUUUUGGUCCUCGGGGCUUCAACGACUUCUUUGGUUUCGGCUCAACAGGAUUGGACCAAGGAUAUGUUGGAUGCCAUGCAACAGCUCCUCACCGGCGACACCUUCGAGUUUGAUCCAAUUUACUUGGCCAAAUUGUAUUCAUGCUUUGAUAAGAUUGACCCCAAGCUGAAAGAAGCUCAGGACCUUGCUUGGCAAGGCAUGGUGAACUACCACGACCAAAAUGGACAACCGGGGGAUGAGUGGGGCAGCUGUCUUGGCAACGGCCAUUGUGCCGUCUACUUUGAGCAGAACGCGACUCAGCAAAUCUUCCACAACAUCACCAUCUACGAGCCUUGCAACUAUGCCUCCAAUGUUCCCUACUACCACGUGACCACUCAAAUCUGCGAUCAUUGGGACCUGUGGAAUGUGCCUGCCGAUGUGCGUCACGCCCUGGGCACUGUAUUUGCCUCGCUAGGCUUUGGAUCCUCGUUCUGGCACGGCAGUCACACUUAUGCCGGCAACGUGGCCGAUAAUCGUGUCAUUGAGGUCUUGGCCUAUGUGGUUCAUCAAGCGAGUUUGCAGAACCUCAAUGUGAACUCCACGGUCCUCAUGGACCUCUCCAUGAUCAAGCGACCCUACUCUGGUGUGGAGAUCAAAGCCCAACUCACGGACAUGUUUUUGGAACAAUCUCCGGAACAAUGGGCUGAGACCAUCAACUCGUUCGACAUGCCCAACUACUACAAAACCUUCGCAGGAAUUGUGUGCACUGUAUUCUCGGUGGCGUUGGAGAACGAGACCGCUGAUCAGAUCAUUGAUGCUCUCAUUGCACUCUUCAGUUUUCCGCCAGAGGAAGAGGUUUUCAUUAAGGAGCAUUACCUGCCAGAGAUGAGAGCCUUGACAGCCACUUUGAAUUUGACCACGGAGGAGAAGUUGGUGGUUCAAGGCAAUUUCGAAUCCGCUCUCAUCAAGCUCUUGUACGCUUUCGUGUGGCAAGAAUGGGCUAUUGGAGAAAAUCCCAUCAUCUAUGAUCCCGCCAUCAACGAGCAAGGCGCUGAUCUGAUCCCCGUGAUCAAUGCUUUCGCCAACUCUCUCAACACAUUCCCCAUUUAUGACCAAGAUGUCCAAGAUGGCGUGAACUCCUAUCCCGGAGAUGAAUGGUGUAACGACUACUCGCCCCAUGCCAAGUGGCAUCUUCAAGCGGCCAACGGACUGAUGGAUCUGGUUUUCUUGGGCGAUGACCUUCACAAACUGUUAAAGGCGUAACUUACCAAUGAGCUUCUGAUAAUCUUUGCGCAAUUGCUGAUGAUUGGCCACAAGAACGGAAUACUUCUUCUUGAGCUUCA